AAAUACUCUUGUUUGCUCAAUUUGUCUUUGCUGCUCUCAGCGGCUUUAUUCUACGAUGUUUUCCAAGGAAUGCUUUGAUGAUAUCUUCAUAUAUAUCAUCGUUGUCCUCUAGCCAUCACAAUAUACUACACAGCAUAGGAGCAAAUUAAAGAUUCAUAUGAUAAGUUGGUGUUUUUGUUGAUCGUGUUUUGCAGGCAUGAGGAACGUUGACUUGAGUAGUUGUUUGUUGGCGUUGUUUGUGUUGUUGAUCUUAAAGCAGCGCAGUGUUGCGGCAGAAACAGAAGCGUUAUCUUCCUCGUCGCCGGCGGUCUUGUUUGUGUUCGGAGACUCCACGGUUGAUGCCGGCAACAACAACUACAUCGACACCGUUCCCGAUUACCAGGCCAACUUCGAGCCUUAUGGCCACAACGGAUUCUUCGACCACCCCACCGGUCGAUUCUCCGACGGCCGUGUCAUCGUCGAUUUCAUUGCUGAAUAUGCAAAGCUUCCAUUGCUCCCUCCUUACUUGCAACCAAAUGCUGACUAUAGCGGUGGAGCUAAUUUUGCCUCUGGAGGAGGAGGGAUUCUUUCUACCACCCAUGAGGGUUUGGUUAUCGACCUUGGAACACAAUUAAGGCAUUUUGAGGAGUUAGAGAGAUCGCUAAUAAAAAAGUUAGGGCCUGAAAAUGUGACGGAGAUCAUAUCGAAAGCUGUUUAUUUCAUUAGCAUGGGAAGUAAUGACUACAUAGGGGGUUAUUUUGGGAAUCCAAAGAUGCAAGAGCUACAUGGUCCAGAGGAAUAUGUGGGAAUGGUCAUAGGUAACUUGACGGAGGCAAUCCAAAAAUUGUACGAGAAAGGAGCAAGAAAAUUUGGGUUCUUAAACUUGUCACCAUUGGGGUGCUUGCCGGUUCUCAGAGCUCUCCAUCCCAAAGGUCCCGACCAUGGAGGUUGUUUCGAAGAAGCUAGCGCUCUUGCAUUAGCCCACAACAAUGCUCUCAAUCUUGUCCUCUCAAGCCUUGAGCAAAUCUUGGAAGGUUUCAAGUACUGCAACUCCAACUUCUAUGAUUGGCUCACUCAUAGAAUCCACAACCCCACUCUACAUGGAUACAAGGAAGGAGUGAAUGCUUGCUGCGGAAGCGGGCCUUAUAGAGGCAUUCCGUCGUGCGGUGGACGGAGAAAAGUGAGUGAAGAAUAUGCGCAAUGCGACAACGUUGAAGACUACAUAUGGUUUGAUUCCUUUCACCCUAUCGAGAGGAUCCACCGAGACUACGCCAAGACGCUGUGGGACGGGCCGCCAUCCACCGUCGGGCCUUACAGCCUGAAACAUCUCUUCUUCCCCGACACGAAGCUAACCAUUGCCGACGUUGUCGAUGAUCCAGAAAAUGAACACCCCAUCACUGCUUAAUUAAUUGACGUUAUCUUUAAUUUCUUCCUUGUCCUGUUACAUUGCAUCAGCUCGGUCGUGAAUAAUCGUUGAUGCAUGUACGAAUAUAUAUACAACGUUAGUUA